AAUUUUUAAGUUUCUAUUAUUUAAAAAGGCAUUGACAUGAAAUAUGAAACCAGAUUGGAUAUUUUAAAUUCACAUUUUAACAGGUCGAUCAAGCAUUCAUGAAUCUUCAAAUAUUUUAUAGAUUAAACUAUACCAUGUCAAUAAGAUACACAUAAAUGAAUCUUAGCAGCUGCAGACUGGUUUAAGAUAUGAAAACUCUGAGGAGCUUGCAAAAAUUGACAAUUAAAGACUAAGACUUUAAACAUAUGAAACAAAUACAUGGUGUAUACCAAUGGAUUGUUAAACGCCUUUGAAGAAAAAUAGCAGAGUACUCUUUUUGAAAUCAAUGAACUGUACUGAAAAUUAACUUGACAAGAUUACACCAUAUUAAACAAGAAUGGAAGGAAGUCUUAUUAAGAAAGCAAAAUCUAUUUUUGAACACUCAGGGGAGUUUGAUGAAGAUGAUGAAGUGACAUUUACCUUUCCAAAUGAGGACAAUAAUCAAUUGUUCUACUCGAAAUUCAUUUUAUCGAGAUGUUCACCCGUGUUUAAGGCCAUGUUUAAACAUGAUUUCAAGGAAAAAAAGGACAAAAAUGUGAUAAUUGAGGACAUCAAGGUCGCAGAUUUCAAAACCUUUUUUAAAUGGUGUGAUCCAAUGCUAUCAGAACAUUUAACAGCUGAAAAUGUGCUCCAGAUGGUUGAAAUCGCAGAAAAAUACCAAAUUGAGGCAAUGAUUCAACAGUGCAGAAAAAUUAUGCAUCAUGAUAUAGUGGACAAGACUUUCCAACAGGCAAAAAGCGACCGUUAUUUUGCUACAUACCACAUAGACGAUAUUGUAAAGGUAUUAUUAGUGGCUACUAAGUAUAAUUACACAGAACUGUUGAAGACAGGAGAGGACUAUCUGGUGUGCUUUGAAGUUCAAAAUGUUCUCAACACGGAACCUUUUGAAAAACUACCUAUAGAACUAAAAUAUCGCAUUUUAUCAAAGCGUAUUUGCAAAGUUUAUGAAACUGUUGGCUUUAAGCAUGUGUAAAGUGGCAAAAUAUUUGAUUUGCGUACUAUUAGUAUUACGGUUUAUGUUGAUGAUGAAAGAUUAAAAUAAUACUGAUACUUACACACAGACAUUUGGUACACAUGUAGUCAGGUAAUUUAAUGACUGAAUAAUUUGAUCAUCCAAUGAACCAAACCCACCUUAACUUUUGUUUUAAUUUAUUAUUUCAAUAAUUUGUGCAAAAUGAACAAAUGCUUAUUAAUAAGGGUAAGCGAACACAAGAUGCACUGUACAUGUAUAUUAAGAGAUUUAGGCGUUUUUUUAAAAGGACAGAGUGCUGCAGAAGAGAGACAGGGUGCUGCAGAAGAGAGACAGGGUGCUGCAGAAGAGAGACAGGGUGCUAAGGGAGAAAAGGGCUCAUUAUGUACUGGGCUGUGAAGAAUUUGUACAUAAUGAAUUUGACAGAAAUGUUACAGAUUGUGGUUAAUUGAAGUAAUAUUAUGUUUCACUGCCAAACAUGUAAUGUUUUAAUAAUCAUGUAUUAAAUUUUAAUCAAAAUAAAAGGAAUAUUUGACAGUCUAAAGUGGUUAAGAUCCAUGGGGGUAAAAGGGUGCUUUAAAAAAUAACAGGGUGCAGCACCCUUAUACCAAACUUUUUUGCUGAAACUCUCUCUCACUCUCUCUAUAUAUACAUCCCAUGAUUGAAAAUUGCUCAUGAUUUAAAGGGACUUGCUAAUGUUUAAAAACCUAAUAGCUAUUUUUCCAGGUAAUGCAUCUGAAAACACUUAUUAUUAUUUUUCUCUAUGAUAUUGUCAUUGCAGAAAAAAAAUCAGUCAUAGUAUAAAAAAAAGUAUUUUGGUGGGUUGUGAACCCUGAAGUUAUCUGUCAUAUUUACCUUCUUUCUAGACAAAAACCAACAACAAUUGUUUGUAUAAUUAGCUUUAGUUCAUUUUACCUAAAGAGUUGUUUCUGAAUUUUUGUAUCCAUCAAAGUUAAUUUAUAUUUUUAAAACAUAUCAAAUACGCAAUGCCAAGGUUAUCAGCUAAACCAUGUAUAUUUUGCACAUAAAUGUAUACUGAUAUUGUUCCUUGUAUAUUUUGACAAGCAUUGGUACUGCUUACUGAAACAAACUGUUACUUAUAAAUUUUUUAGAAGUUUAAAAUCAGAUUCACAUCCCUCAGAAUGUUAAGUGUUGUUUUUUUCUUGGUUGUUAUGAUAUAAAGUUGCCAUUAUACAAAUAAAGGACAUUGUUGUUGU